CCGAGUAGAGCCGUCUGCUAGUUGGUUUAUUUACUCUUUGCUGGUGGCAAGUGAUGACGUAUUGAGAAAUACUCGAUCGUAUCUCUUUAGUUGUUCAUUCUGACUCUAGAAUAUAAAUUAUUGUUACUUUUAUUUUAUUUGAAAUUGUCCAACCGGAAAGGGAAACCCUACAAAUUUAUCGGGAAGCUAUGAUUGAAUUCACGGUUUUCUAUUUAAUUUUCGUGUUCUGCUUCAUUUUCCCUCCAAGUGCGUUUGUUAGUGCCGGCAUAACGGUUUCAAAUUUAUUUGAUUCCUGGCUCGGAAGUGAAGACCUUCAGUUUGUGCAGUACCAUUUAAGUCGAACAUUGGUUACUGUAAUCAUCCACAGUCUCCUACCACUCGGAUUCUUUGGUGGAGUCCUUCUUGUUGAAGGCUAUGAUCAGCUGUUGUUAUUAGUACAAACUCCACUUGGACUAGGAUUUCUCAGCUUAUCUGUUCUCCUUCCAGCAGCUGCUGCAUUCAAAGUAUUUUUCUGGUGGACAAACAAUUGGAGUUCUCACCCACUUGUAAAUUCAUUGACCUCUUAUGCAAAUAAUGGGAGACAGUGGAAUGAUGUAGCAUCUGAAAUCAAUGCUGAAUUCAGAAGGAUAGACAAGGUCACAGUCCGCACCAAUCCAGUUUCUAAAACUGUUGUGACCAAUUCCUGGAUUAUCAAAGUUGAACCUUAUGUGGUGCAAGUAGCACAUCAGAAUCAUGUAACCUUACAGCUGGAAAAUGCUGAAGAACACACAUACACUGCUGAUAGUCAAACAGCUCAAUACUUGUGGGUGAAUGUAGAGCACAUUCAAACCAAACAAAAAUUGUUUACCAUUCGUCUCAACGCCGUUGACUAUGCAGACAUGCAAGACAGACUGCAAACUCGUAUCAGUAAUGUUCGGGGAUUAUUAAUUAAUCAGGACGUUCAUGCGCGUUUUUCUAAAGUUUUCAUUGAAGAAGUUAGCUUGAACCCAGUUUUUCAAAGCCAAGAGGAAAUGGAUCCGUGUUUAGGCUGUGCAGUCAACAGUGCAAAUAUCCGUCUAAUACGAAGAUGCUUGCCUACCGGAAAUGCUGAUGGUUGCACUCCGUGUUUUUGUAGACCCAUGUGGUGCAUACAUUGCCUUAGUAAAUGGUUCUCCGCCAGACAAGAUGCUGAACAUCCUGAAUCGUGGUUAAUGUCUCGCUGCCCCUGCCCAACAUGUCGCAGCCCAUUUUGCGUUCUCGAUGUUAGUUUAGUUGAAACCGUAGAAAAUAUUUAAGUUGUCUUUUUUUUCAAAUCAUGUUUCAAUAACAAUAAAUAUGUUUGCUUAA